AUGCUCUUGAAGCGCCUACAGAGCUCUGGGAUUGGGCUUUACAAUGGAGUAACACGAUCUCACUUCCGCGUCUGUGCCCGAUGCUUAUCUACAACACAAAAGCUCUCAAAAGCUGAAGAUCAGACCAAAUCCAAGCAGGAGCAAGAGCAAAGCAAUACUUCUACGGAUUCUCCUUCCAGUGAAGACAAAGAACGUCACCCAGUUCCACGCAAGUCCAAAACCGUUUCGGAAGCGGACGCUGAGCUACGCGAGCGAUUGGAACGAAUGUCAGGAGAAGGAGGAGCUUCAGGAAUCGAAUACGAAGACGGAAAGCCCAAUGCUAUGAAACGCGGCGUGCGAAACAACAUGUUCCGGUUAAUAUAA